AUGGCACCAACCAUCGUCCCCCCGCCCGCCUCUUCCUCCUCCUCUCCGCCGCCAACUAACUCUGACAACUCUUCUGACCCACCACUUCCAUCCUCCUCCUCCUCCUCCUCCUCCUCCUCCUCCUCCUCCUCCUCCUCCUCAUCAUCAUCAUCAUCAUCAUCCUCAUCCUCCUCCUCGCCCACUGCUCCGACGGCGGCCGCUCAGGCGACUGUCCCGCGCAUAACAACCGACACUACCACCACCUCCCCCGACUCCAGCGAUGAGGAUCAGGACUACACCCGCCCUCACUGUGACCGCACCUUCACCUCACACAUCGGCCUGGUCGGGAACUUGCGAAUUCAUCGCACAGAGACUGGCGAACCGGUACCUGGAGCACCAACUAACACCGACCGCACUCGCCUCCACUGCCCACACUGCCCUCGCACCUUCAGGUAUUGCAUGGGUCUAUUCGGCCACAUGCGCAUUCACGAGAGCGGAAAUGACUGCAAUACCGACUCACUCAUCAUGCCAAACCCCACGACCACUUCAUCACCCUGCGCCCCCACCGCCCUUCCCGCAACUGACACCGACACCACCGAAUUCACCUGCCCACACUGUACACGCAUAUUCACAUCACGCAUCGGCCUGGUCGGUCACUUGCGAAUCCAUCGCACAGAGACAGGCGAACCAGUGCCUGGCACACCAACCUAUACCCACCGCACUCGACUCAACUGCCCACACUGCCCUCGCACCUUCAGGCAUCGCAUGGGCCUAUUCGGCAACAUGCGCAUCCACGAGAGCGGCCUUGACCGCACUCCCGACACACCCACCACAUCCAACACAUACACUGUGCACACCUCCACCCUCGCAGCAUAAUAUUGCUUAAACCGAUACAGGCGAAGAUGCGAGUUCCAGGAACUAGUUGAUCAGAAGAAGAGGAAGAAGAAGAAGGGGGAGAAGAAGAAGAAGAAGAAGAAGAAGAAGAAGAAGAAGAAGAAGAAGAAAAGGGAAGAAGAAGAAGAAGAAGAAGAAGAAGAAGAAGAAGAAGAAGAAGAAGAAGGGGGAGAAGAAGAAAAAGAAGAAGAAGAAGAAGAGGAAGAGGAAGAAGAAGAAGAAGAAGAAGAAGAAGAAGGGGGAAAAGAAGAAGAAGGGGGAGAAGAAGAAGAAGAAGAAGAGGAAGAGGAAGAGGAAGAAGAAGAAGAAGAAGAAGAAGAAGAAGGGGGAGAAGAAGAAGAAGAUGCAACCGGGGCAGUACAGAGCUGUGAAAAUAUCAAAUGUUUGCGUCCGUGGAAUUAA